AUGUUGCUGGAAGACCUUUCUGAUGGCACGGAAGCAAUUAGCUGCCCCCAGGACUGGAUCAACUUUCAGAGGCAUUGCUAUUCAUUAAAGAAAUUUGCGCGGAAUUGGUAUGAUGCGGAGGCAGACUGCCAAACGUAUGGGGAAAAAAGCCACCUGGCCUCCAUCCUUAGCGAGGAAGAGAACAAGCGUGUGGCCGCUGUUAUAGCAGGAGGAAAUGAUCCCGGAAUUCGUAUCUGGAUUGGACUGUUCAGAAUUAAAAAGGGCGGGAGGAACAUACAGUUAAGAUGGUCUGAUGGUGCCAAUUUUGACUACACAGCUUGGGGAGAUGGACAGCCAGACAAGAGCGGAUACUGUGUCGAGAUAUUUGGGGAUGAUUUUGAUAUGUGGAAUGAUACCGACUGCGAGAACGAGAACUAUUACUUGUGCAAAAUGCCAAUCUAG